UUGUCUGAUGCUGCGCGGCCCUUCCACGCGUGAAUCCCGGGAUUAGGGAGCCGGGAACCGGGAUUCGGGAACGGGGCUCCCAUCGCUGCACGCAAACCGCCCCCCGGGCAGCGCCGCUGUGUCCCUCCAUCCCGUCCGUGCCGCUUCCCCAUGCCCGGCUCGGCGGGGAGCCGGGAUCGCUCCGGGAAGGACUGGCAUGUCCUUGCAUGAGGAAGCGUUGCGGGUCUGCCCCGGUUGCUCUCCGCCGGCGAGGUGUGCGGGGCGGCAGCGCGCCCAAGGGGAGGACCGGGGCGGUGGAACCGGCUUGUUCACCGGAGGCUGAGGAGCGGCGGGGGAGCGCCGUGAGGCUGCGGGAGCGGGGUGGAGGAGCAGCGGCUGUGAACGGAGCCACACGGGCUGCGGGGCUGCUGAAGCAUCCUCCGGUACGAGGAUCUUCCUGGAGGUUCAGAAGCUGGUGAGCGUGGGAUACCUGCUCCGGAGCAUUCGCAGCUAAAGGAGACACAGACAGCGGAGGAAGCUCGGUAUUCCUGGAGUGAGAGGCUGCUACACACCGCCGGGGUGGUGAGAUUUCACCUCCCAUCCCCAUCAGGAGAAUACUGAGAGGAUAUCAGGGGGAUACAGAUAUUGCUGAGGCUGUGAGCCCAAGAGGGGUCCCAUGCUGGCACCCCUCGCACUGUCUCUGUCCCAGCCCUGCUCCUGGGAGGCAGCGUGCAUCAGGGCUGUGGCAGCCCCCACCAUUCCCACACCAGUAGCAGCUUGUCCCUAUCCCGGUGGUCUUGGCCACAGAACUUGAGCUCUCAGCACUUUUGCCUGGGGUUGUUUAGUUUGCUUUCUGCAAGGUGUGGAUUGACACGGAUUCUGUUAUUCCAUGACACCUGCCGGGCUGGAAGAGGGAUUGCUGAGCACAGGACUGUGUGUGCCUUUCCAGAGCAGGCUUGGACCUGCCCCUUAGGCAUAACCCUGCUCUGAGAUGGCAGAUGUGGGGACAAACUCCUGCUCCUGAAGGUGCCACCUUGCCCUGCUGUGAGCAGAGGAUGGGAACCUCUGGGAGAACUUAGGUGUUGCUGCUGCUGAAGACAACCGGGGAGGGGGAAAAGAGGGAUUCAUGUGAGCUUUGUGGCUACUCUGCCUUGGAUGGGUCUUCGGUGGGUUGAGCUUUGGCCUGCAGCAUGACAGCUUGCCAGUACCCCAUGGCGCCGGGGGCUUUGGAGCGGGACCGGCUGUACCAGCACAAGGUCUCCUUGGUGGUGCGGUACUUCAUGAUCCCAUGCAACAUCUGCCUCAUCCUCCUGGCCACCUCCACGCUGGGAUUUGCCGUUCUGCUCUUCCUGAACAACUAUAAGCCCAAUAGUUACUUUACUCAGACGCCACCAACGCCGCGAGAUGCGUGCCGAGGGAUGCUGUGCGGGUUCGGGGCGGUGUGUGAGAGGAGCCCCACCGACCCCUCUCAAGCCUCGUGUGUCUGCAAGAAGACAGCUUGUCCCGUGGUGGUGGCUCCUGUCUGCGGCUCUGAUUAUUCCACCUACAGCAACGAGUGUGAGCUGGAGAAGGCCCAGUGCAACCAACAGAGGCGGAUCAAAGUCAUCAGCAAGGGACCAUGUGGCUCCAAGGACCCCUGCGCAGAGGUGACCUGCAGCUUCGGCAGCACAUGUGUGCGCUCCACCGAUGGCCAGUCGGCCAAGUGCGUGUGCCCAUCGUCCUGCAGCGGCGUGCCCGAGAGCCCCGUGUGCGGCAGCGACGGCAGGGACUACCGCAGCGAGUGCCAGCUCAACAAGCACGCCUGUGACAAGCAGGAGAAUGUCUUCAAGAAGUUCGAUGGCGCCUGCGACCCUUGUAAAGGCGUCCUCAACGACAUGAACCGUGUGUGCCGGGUGAACCCCCGCACCCGGCGGGUAGAGCUGCUCUCCCGCCCCGAGACCUGUCCCCCAAAGAAGGAGCUUGUGUGCGGUGACGAUGGGGUGACUUAUGACAACGAGUGCGUGAUGGGGCGCUCGGGGGCCAUCCGGGGACUGGAGAUCCAGAAGGUGCGUUCAGGGCAGUGCCAGCAUCAGGACAAAUGCAAGGAUGAGUGCAAGUUCAACGCUGUGUGCUUGAACCGCCGCGGCACCACUCGCUGCUCCUGCGACCGCAUCUCUUGCGAUGGUACCUACCGGCCCGUGUGCGCCCGCGACAGCCGCACCUACAGCAACGACUGCGAGCGCCGCAAGGCAGAGUGCCACCAGAAGGCUGCCAUCCCAGUAAAGCACAGUGGACCCUGUGACCUGGGCACGCCGAGCCCGUGCCUGAGUGUGGAGUGCACCUUUGGGGCCACGUGCGUGGUGAAGAACCAAGAGGCUGUGUGUGAGUGCCAGCAAGUGUGCCAGGGCCGCUAUGACCCAGUGUGUGGCACUGACAACCGCACCUACGGCAACCCCUGUGAGCUCGACUCCAUGGCCUGCGUGCUCAAGAGGGAGAUCAAAGUGAAGCACAAGGGGCCCUGCGACCGCUGUGGCAAAUGCCAGUUUGGAGCCAUCUGCGAGGCGGAGACGGGGCGAUGCGUGUGCCCCACCGAGUGCGUGCCCUCCUCGCAGCCCGUCUGCGGCACCGACGGCAACACGUACGGCAGCGAGUGCGAGCUCCACGUGCGGGCCUGCACGCAGCAGACCAACAUCCUGGUGGCAGCACAAGGAGACUGCAAGUCCUGCGGCAGCUCGGUGUGCUCCUUCGGCAGCCGCUGUGUCGGUGGGCAGUGCGUGUGCCCGCGCUGCGAGAGGCAGCCCCUCGCGCCCGUGUGUGGCACCGAUGGCAUCACCUACCCCAACCAGUGCGAGCUGCGUGUGGCCUCCUGCCAGCACAAGAAGAGCAUCGAGGUUGCCCGGAUGGGGCCGUGUGAGGAUGAGUGUGGCUCGGGGGGCUCGGGCUCCGGCGACGGUAGUGAGUGUGACCAGGACCGGUGCCGGCAGUAUGGGGGCUGGUGGGACGAGGAUGCAGAGGAUGACCGCUGUGUGUGUGACUUCACCUGCCUGGCAGUGCCACGCAACCCGGUUUGUGGCUCUGAUGGUGUGACCUACACCAACGAGUGUGAGCUGAAGAAGACACGGUGUGAAAAGCGCCAGGAUCUCUAUGUCACUAGCCAAGGAGCCUGUCGUGCCCUUGCCACGACCCCACCACCUCUCCUGGUUGUGCACUGCAGCCAGACCAUCUACGGAUGCUGCCCAGACAACAUGACCUUGGCGCUUGGAGUGGGUGCUGCUGGAUGCCCAAGUACCUGCCAGUGCAACCCCUAUGGCUCCUAUGGGGGAGCCUGUGACCCCACCACGGGGCAGUGCUCCUGCAAGCCCGGUGUGGGGGGCCUCAAGUGCGACCGCUGCGAGCCUGGCUUCUGGAACUUCCGUGGCAUCAUCACCGACAGCAAGAGCGGCUGCACCCCCUGUAACUGCGACCCGGUGGGUUCAGUGCGUGAUGACUGCGAGCAGAUGACUGGCCUGUGCUCCUGCAAGACUGGUAUCACUGGUAUGAAGUGCAACCAGUGUCCCAAUGGCAGCAAGCUGGGCAUGACUGGCUGUGAGAAAGACCCAUCAGCCCCAAAAUCCUGCGAGGAGAUGAGCUGCGAGUUUGGUGCCUCCUGUGUGGAAGUCAAUGGCUUUGCCCACUGUGAGUGCCCGUCCCCGCUCUGCUUGGAGGCCAACAUGACCAAGGUGUGUGGCUCUGACGGUGUCACCUACGGGGACCAGUGCCAGCUGAAGACCAUCGCCUGCCGGCAGGGGCAGCUCAUCACAGUGAAGCACGUGGGGCAGUGUCAUGAGUCCAUCACUCACACCAGCCACAUCUCACCACCAACACCGCUGCCAACACUGCCCUUGGACAAGUUAAUGCUCCCUCCACCACUGCAGCUCACCACCCAGGCUCCAGAGCCCACCGAGCUGCCUACCAGCUCCCUACUGUUGGAAGCCAAGCCUACUGAAAGAGGUCACCCUACAACGAGGCGCAUCACGACUGCCAGACCAGCCACCACACCAUGGAUGACCCACGGGGUGUUUAAGACCACUGUCCGCCCUCUUUCCACUGCACCAGUGGUCCUGGCCACCACCCAGCCUGCCUAUGUUGAAUCAGGCAGUGCAGAAGGCAGUGGAGACCAGGAGAUGGGUAUCAGUGGAGACCAGGAAUCUAGUGGGGCAGGUUCUGCCGGGGAAGAGGAGGUGGAGGAAAGCCAAGUAACAUCCACCCCAGCCAUCGAGAGGGCGACGUGCUACAACACCCCGCUGGGAUGCUGCUCGGAUGGCAAGACUGCAGCUGCUGAUGCUGAAGGCAGCAACUGUCCGGCUACCAAAGUCUUCCAAGGAGUCCUCAUCUUGGAGGAGGUGGAAGGCCAGGAGCUGUUCUACACACCCGAGAUGGCUGAUCCCAAGUCAGAGCUCUUUGGAGAGACAGCUAGGAGCAUUGAGAGUGCGCUGGAUGAGCUUUUCCGCAAUUCUGAUGUUAAGAAGGAUUUCAAGAGCAUCCGUGUCCGAGACCUGGGGCAGAGCAGCGCUGUCCGUGUCAUUGUGGAGGCCCACUUUGACCCAGCCACUUCCUACACGGCAGCGGAUGUCCAAGGGGCCCUGCUGAAGCAGAUCAAAGCUUCCAAGAAGACGACCAUCCUGGUGAAGAAGCCCCAGCAGGAGCAUGUCAAAUUCAUGGACUUCGACUGGAUCCCCCGGCUCUUCACCACCACCAUCACCACCACCACGGCCACCACCAUGGCACCCGCCACCACCCGCAGGUACACCACGGCUGCUGCUGCCACCACAGUCCAUGUCCUGCGCCAGGACACCAUGGGGCGACCCAGCAGCAAGAUGUCAGGAGCUACGAGCACCAGGAGACCUGCAUCCACCCUCCCGGCCACCACACGUCGGAAGCCCACGCGCCAGCCCCCUACCACGAAGAAGCCCUCACGUCCCUGUGACUCUCACCCCUGUUUGCAUGGUGGUACAUGUGAGGAUGAUGGGAAGGAGUUCACCUGCAGCUGCCCGGCUGGCAAAGGGGGAGCUGUGUGUGAGAAACCUAUCAGGUACUUCAUCCCCAGCUUUGGUGGCAAGUCCUAUCUGGCCUUCAAGAUGAUGAAGGCGUACCACACCGUGCGCAUCGCCAUGGAGUUCAGGACUGUGGAGCUCAGCGGGCUCCUGCUCUACAACGGCCAGAACCGUGGCAAAGACUUCAUCUCCCUGGCACUGGUUGGCGGCUUUGUGGAGCUCAGGUUUAACACUGGCUCCGGCACUGGCAUCAUCACCAGCAAGGUCCGUGUGGAGCCCGGCAAGUGGCAUCAGCUGGUGGUGAACCGGAACCGGCGCAGCGGGAUGCUGUCAGUUGAUGGGGAGCCCCACGUCAGCGGCGAGAGCCCCACCGGCACCGAUGGGCUCAACCUCGACACCGACCUCUUCAUCGGGGGAGCACCUGAGGAUCAAAUGGCUGUGGUGGCAGAUCGGACCACGGCCACCACCGGCCUCAAGGGCUGCAUCCGCCUCCUGGAUGUGAACAACCAGAUGUAUGACCUGCGGGAGAAAGGCAGUGACGUGCUGUAUGGCAGCGGGGUGGGCGAGUGUGGCAACGACCCCUGUCACCCCAACCCCUGCCACCACAGCGGCAUCUGCCAUGUCAAGGAGGCUGAGAUGUUCCACUGCGAGUGUCUCCACACCUACACCGGUCCAACCUGUGCCGACGAGAGGAACCCCUGUGACCCUACACCCUGCCACGUCUCUGCCACGUGCCUGGUGCUGCCGGAGGGAGGUGCCCUAUGUGCCUGCCCCAUGGGCCGGGAAGGAGAAUUCUGCGAGCGAGUGACAGAGCAGGACCACACCAUGCCUUUCCUCCCGGAGUUCAAUGGCUUCUCCUACCUGGAGCUGAAUGGGCUGCAGAGCUUCGUUCCUGACCUGCAGGACAAAAUGUCCAUGGAAGUCGUGUUCCUGGCCAAGAACCCCAGCGGUAUGAUCUUCUACAACGGCCAGAAGACGGAUGGCAAAGGGGACUUUGUGUCUCUGGCUUUACACAAUGGUUACCUGGAGUACAGAUAUGACCUGGGCAAAGGGGCGGCUGUGCUCAGGAGCAAAGAGCCCGUUCCCCUCAACACUUGGAUGAGUGUCUUGUUGGAGAGGAAUGGGCGCAAAGGGGUAAUGAGGAUCAACAACGGCGAACGGGUGAUGGGAGAGUCCCCGAAAUCCCGUAAGGUGCCUCACACCUUCCUGAACCUGAAGGAGCCAUUUUACGUGGGGGGAGCCCCUGAUUUCAGCAAGCUGGCUCGAGCAGCAGCCAUCUCCACCAGCUUCAAUGGAGCAGUGCAGAAGAUCUCCAUCAAGGGGGUUCCUGUGCUGAAGGAGGAGAACAUCCGCAGCGCCAUUGAGAUCUCCCCCUUCCGAGGCCACCCCUGCACCCAAAAACCCAAUCCAUGCCAGAAUGGGGGUACCUGCAGUCCUCGGAUGGAGACCUACGAGUGCUCCUGCCAGAGGGGCUUCUCUGGGGCUCACUGUGAGAGAGUGAUCAUUGAGAAGGCUGCUGGAGAUGCAGAGGCCAUUGCUUUUGAUGGUAGGACAUACAUGGAGUACCACAAUGCCGUGACAAAGAGUGAGAAGGCCUUGCAAUCGAACCACUUUGAACUCAGCAUCAAGACAGAAGCCACCCAGGGGCUGAUCCUGUGGAGUGGGAAGGGACUGGAGCGAUCGGACUACAUCGCCCUCGCCAUAGUGGAUGGCUUUGUACAAAUGACCUACGAUCUGGGCUCCAAACCAGUCAUCCUACGAUCCACAGUCCCGGUCAACACCAACCAGUGGAUCCAUAUCAAGGCAUACAGGAUACAGAGAGAAGGUUCCCUUCAAGUCGGCAACGAAGCCCCCAUUGCUGGCUCUUCUCCGCUUGGUGCAACACAGCUAGACACAGAUGGGGCCCUGUGGCUGGGGGGAAUGGAGAAGCUGAGCCUGGCUCACAGGCUGCCCAAGGCCUACAGCACCGGCUUCAUUGGCUGCAUAAGGGACGUGCUUGUGGACCGCCAAGAACUGCAUCUGGUGGAGGACGCUUUAAACAACCCCAGGAUAUUACACUGCUCAGCCAAAUAGCCCCCCAGGGACCUUCCCUUCUCCUUCCCUCCCUCCUGCCUAUUGCUUUGCAGUCUAUCCAGGUCAGUCAGACUCUACUCAAAACAGCAGCAACAAAGAACAAACCUUGAACCAAGUCUCCCAAGAAGUGACAGAAGAACUUCGCCGUCGCAUUGUAAAUCUUCUUCAUACUUGAAGCUUCUUUUGGGGUGGUUUUUCCCCCCUCCUCACUUGUGUUCUUGGGUUGUCGUUCACGCCUGUGGGGGAAAGGAUGCUGGUGCUGGCGAGACAUGUGGCCUUCGUGGAUUCACUGCCUUCCCACCUCAGUGCUGCCUGAGCAGGGAUGUGGCCAUCGGAGAAGCAGGAAUUGUCACCCUGCUUUGGUGCCUGCCUCUGCCAAGCCUUCUUCUGGCCCUAUGUUCACCCUAUCUCCCUCCUCCCUCCCUUCCUCUCACUAUAAUUUAUGUGUGUAAGAAUCUCAAGUGCUUUUCUCCUUUAUGCUCUGUUAAAAUCAGGGAUGCCAUGCACUGGAAGAGAGACCAAGGUCUGCUCUGAGCAGGCAGAAAAGCAUUGCUCUUUGGUUGUCUUUAUGACUGUUUGCUGGACUGAGAGGUGCUGUGGGGGAAACGUGGAUUUCUCUUGUUGGCUCUCCUCCUCCUCUUGGACAUGUGCAGAAGCAGCUGUGAAACCUCAUUUCCACGCUUUGUGUUUAUCCAGACAUGUCCUAACCACCCGCUUGCCCUGGCUGCUCUUCCCAAGGGCUUCUAUGUACCAAGCGUUGCCCUCCCGUGCACCACUGAGAACCUGCAGAACAUCUUCAAGAGCUGGAAGUGCUCUCCCUCUUCCAGCCAUGUGAAAUAGGCUGCGAGGGCACAGGGACCAUGUCCGUUUUCACUUGUUGGAUGUGUCCUUCCAUCACUCAUGUCCAUUUUCCAGCCUCUGGGCAUGACUUGCCCUCUGUCUACCCUGAGGAUGCUUCCAGCUGGCCAGCAUGUGAAUGUGUAGAGCUGGUAUUUGAGCCUCUCCCAUGAAGAGUAAUUGGAGUUGUACCUUUGACUUCAGGUCUUUGCAAUGCAGGGUCUUCUGUGCCAUGAUCAAAGCUCCUCUGGAUGAUGCCAGCCCAGCAGCAAUAGCCUCAAUGGAAACGGGAAUGGGGCACGAGUCGGCUGUUGUGUUUGGGAGGAGGUUUAAAAGUGUUUUCUUCCUCUCUAAAGACCUUAAAAGCAAAUACUGUGGUGCCAGUUACAAAGCCAGUAUGUGUGUGUCUGAACGAAUGUGUGCGUGUGUCUGCCAACCGGCACACUGGAAUCUCCUGGAAGCAGGAGAAGAACAAACACAUUGAAAUGACCCCACUUCCAUUCAGUUUCCUUCUCCAUGGGAAGAAUUUACUGAUGCUGUGUAGCAUCUAUGGCCCUUUCCACCACUGGGCCACAACUGUGUCCCUUUCGCACCCUGAGAUGGUGUUGAUUUGGGUGAAACCAGCUUUAUGGAGCAUAUGGAAUUCAGCUGAAGGAUCCCACCAGGUAUCAAGUGUUUAUUAAUAUAAUUUUGCAGUUUUACCUUAAAUUUUAGCACACCUUUUAGUGCGCCUUUAUAAUAGCGCAGCCUUUAAAAGUAUUGGGUUUUAGCACUGAAUUUUGAGCCAUGAAAAGUCAAAUUACUUUCCUCAGGGUGAGCUCUGAACACAGAUGUAACAAAGGGGAAGAACAUAGUGAAAACCCACUUUUCUCUUCCAUUUUAUCAUUAAAAGACAUCUACCACCACCCCAAUCCCUGCCUAAUCCAUUGGCAUUCCUCUCAACAUCCAGUGAUUAAGUAUUUCACAGGGGGCUGUGCCCUCUGUGGGAUGGAGACCCCACUCUGUGUGUGUGUGCGUGUGGUUGUGUGUGUGGCGAUACCACAUUUUAAGUGGAUUCUGUAUAUAACUUGUGAUUCCUGGUGGGAAGUAUCGUGACUGUGUCGUGAAAGGGAUGGGCUGCUGUAUUUUGAUCACGAGGGGUAGAUAGAUGGGGGCUAACUAUGCAGGGUGGGAUGGGAGGGAAGUGUGAGACCCUUUUGAGGACACAGGUUCUAGCUGGGCAAUGCCUUGGCUGAGAUUUGAGGGCUGGAUGGUCCAGCUCCAAAGGGAGAGGGGCAUGCACAGAGGAAGCUGCUCAUUUUCUGGAAUGCCACUGACAUGAAGCCAGGGUCACUGCAAAAACAAAUUACCCCACAACCCCAACAACUAAACAAAAUCUCUGUCUGCUUUUGCUGGGGCUUGGAAAUGCCUUAAAACAGGACCUUGCGUCCUCGUCAAGCAUCUUGAACCAAGGUCAGAUUCAGCAGUGCUCCCUAGGGGCUGUGCACUUAACUUCAGCUUUAUUUUUAAUAGCAUUUAUAACAUGUAUGUACAAAAAACAAAGGACAUUGAGGUUUGGUUUUGGUUUCCCUGGGUGUUUUGGGGGAUUUUUUGCCUUUUUUUUUUUUUUUAAGGAAAAGAUGUCCAUGUGGCUUCAUUUCUAGGGUAAAGUAAUGACCAUUGUGAACUGCUGUAUGAAUUCUGAAGGGCAAUGCACAGUAGAGGAGCAGCAUGAUAUAACCAUUACUAACUUGUGUCUUUCGUCAAUCACCAUGAAAUAAAGUUUGAGAACUAUUCAAUA